UUUAAUCACUAUACAACUACAAUUUAAAAAAAAUGGCAGGAUACAUGAAAAUAAUUUUCGUAACAGCCUUAAUUGUUGCCUGUUCUGCAGAGCCUCAACGAUUCAGGAAUUCAAGAUUCAAUCGUUUUUCGGCCCGACAAGAGGAAGCUCCACAAGAAAAUGCACCUCCUGCUAAGGCACCAUAUCCUGCAGCUGGAUUUAAGCCGGAUGUACCAUUUGAAUUGCCAACUGAAACUACAACUGCUUCAAUUCCAACUGAGUCAACUACCGUUCAACAAUUAGAUAGCACUUAUGGACCACCAACUACUACUGAAAUUCCUACAACAACUUACUCACCUACAACCGAAAUAGCUGAAACUGAUACCGAAGUUCCUGUUGUAGUUUUAGAAGAUGAAGACGAUGAUACAGAAUCAGUGAUUUCAGUUGCUGUCUCUUACGAUAAUCCUGAUGCUCCUGAGGAACAACAACGUCUUGUGUUCGGACAAAGAAUUCAACCAUUGAACAAUGAUAGGAGAGCACCAUUGAAAUUGCGAGCAGCUUUGGCAGAACCAAUUUAUCUCGAAGAUGGAUCAUUUGUUUAUUCUGCACCUUUGUAGAGUUUAUUAAUUGAUGAUCAAAGUGAUUGUUGGAGAUU